GGAAGACGGUCGCUAGGGUUAUGGAGUCCAUAUAAAAUGUAAUUCCCAUCUCCAUCUCUUCGAUAUCUCUCGCCCGCCCAACCGCAGCAGAAGAUCUCCUCGCAGUAGCAAACCCUACAGGUGAUACUGAAAUGGCGACUGUUCCGGGGUCGUUGAUUUGGGAGAUCGUGAAGAAGAACAACUCCUUUCUGGUGAAGGAGUUUGGGAACGGGACUUCAGGCGUGCGGUUCAGCAAGGAGAGCAACAAUCUAUACAAUGUCCACUCCUACAAGCACUCUGGGUUGGCAAAUAAGAAAACAGUUACGAUUCAACCUAGCAAGGAGAACUCUGUUGUGCUUGCGACCACGAAGACCAAGAAGCAGAACAAACCAGGGCUUCUGCUACACAAAUCUGUCAUGAAGAAGGAAUUUCGGCGAAUGGCAAAAGCAGUUGAAAAUCAGGUGGCAGAUAACCACUAUAGACCAGAUUUGAAGAAGGCAGCCCUUGCAAGGUUGAGCGCGGUGCACAGGAGCCUCAAGGUUGCCAAAUCUGGUGUCAAGAAGAGGAACAGACAGGCUUAAGUGACUGAAUUAUGUGUACCUCAUCUUUUUUACAUCAUAUUUAUUUCCAGAUGCUGGGUUGUUGAUGUUCUUUUUGAGAAUUGCAAAUGCGAAUUUUGCUUUUGCUGCUUAAACUUUAAGAGAAAAUAGUCAGUCUUUUUGGCUUGCUCCAUUUGUUAUUGAAGGUACUUCAAAAUUUUCUUGUCAUGGUCCAUUAAUAUAGAUAAGUCAGGGUUUUAUGGCCA